UAUCAAAUUUCCCGGGUGUUCCUCGCCGGCAGGUGCCUUAGCUUCCUGAUCAGCACCAUGGACAGCGCCCGCGAAGGGACUCAGGGGCGCUUGGACGCCGCGGGCUUCUGGCAGGUCUGGCAGCGCUUUGACGCGGAUGAAAAAGGUUACAUAGAAGAGAAGGAGCUCGAUGCUUUCUUUCAUCACGUGUUGACGACACUGGGUACUGAGGAGGCAGGCAUGGAAGAAAAUGUGCGGGGAAUGAAACAGCAAUUAAUGGCUGCCCAGGAUGUCUCUAGAGAUGGGCGCGUGCAGAUGAAAGAGCUUGCCAACAUGUUCUUGUCUGAGGAUGAAAACUUCCUUCUGCUCUUUCGUCAGGAAACCCCCUUGGACAGCAGUGUGGAGUUUAUGCAGAUUUGGCGCAAAUACGAUGCAGACAGCAGUGGCUUUGUUUCAGCUGCUGAGCUGCGGAACUUCCUCCGAGACCUCUUCCUCCACCAUGAAAAGGCCAUUUCUGAGGCUAAGCUGGAAGAAUAUACUGGCACCAUGAUGAAGAUCUUUGACAAAAAUAAGGAUGGCCGUUUGGAUCUUAAUGACUUGGCAAGGAUUUUGGCUCUUCAGGAAAACUUCCUUCUCCAAUUUAAAAUGGAUGCUUGUUCCACUGAAGAAAGAAAGAGGGACUUUGAGAAAAUCUUCGCCCACUAUGAUGUUAGUAGAACGGGAGCUCUGGAAGGCCCGGAAGUGGACGGGUUUGUCAAGGACAUGAUGGAGCUUGUCCAGCCCAGCAUCAGCGGAUUGGAACUUGAUAAGUUCCGGGAGAUUCUUUUGCGCCACUGCGAUGUGAACAAGGAUGGAAAAAUUCAGAAGUCCGAGCUGGCUUUGUGUCUUGGGCUGAAAAUCAAUCCCUAA